GCUCGAGUCGCCGUCCUGACCUUAGUGACUUCCAGGGUUGACUCGUGUCAGACAAGGUCCGCUGGAGCUGAUGGUGGUAAAAUAUGAACUGGAUCCCCAGAAGCAGGAACAUCGUGUACAAUAUAGUUUCCCAACGGUGCCGCAAUCGUCCAUUGCCUAAACCACCACUGCAAAACAGCAUCGCAAGCCAGCGAGCAGCUGGGAUUACGUCGGCAAGACAGGUCCGAAGUCCUGUAACCCCUCAAUUGAGAACCCGUUUACCAGCCACAACCGCAAACAUGAGCAGUCGCACCCCAAUCGAGCCCCAACGAGUCGACGCACCGUUGACACAAUCUGCAACCUUCCUCGUCGUGUCAGUUAAGGAUGACUCGGAGGCCGUUCAAACCGUCCGCUCGACUCUCGCUAGCGUCGAUGACCUCUCCAAGAACGUUUCUAUUCGCGACCUCGCUGCCCAAUUCGCAUGUACCGUAGGAAUCGGCAGCAACGUCUGGGAUCGCCUUACCGGUCUUCCUCGCCCCGCCGAGCUGCACCCAUUCCGUGAGAUAAAGGGCAAAAAGCACACCGCAGUGUCCACCCCCGGCGACCUGCUUUUCCACAUCCGCUCGGAUCGUCGUGACCUAUGCUUCGAGUUCGAGCGCCAAUUGAUGGACCUCCUCGGCGACUCCGUUACGGUUGUCGAUCAGACGGUCGGAUUCCGGUAUUUUGACGUGCGUGACUUGCUUGGGUUUGUCGACGGCACAGCCAACCCAACCGGUCCGUCAGUCUCCGAUACACUCCUUGUCGCUGAAGAAGACACCUCCGCUACUGGAGGAAGCUACAUCGUGGUGCAGAAGUACGUACACGACCUCCAAGGAUGGAAGUCUAUGUCCUCCGAGAAGCAGGAAGCAAUCAUCGGCCGCACCAAGUGGGAGAAUAUCGAGUUGGAUGAUGCCGACGAAGGUAAACAACAGUCACACAAAUCUCUUGCCACGAUCGAGGAGAAUGGAGAGGAGCAUGAAAUUCUGCGUGACAAUAUGCCUUUCGGGAAUCCUAGCUCGGGGGAGUUUGGAACAUAUUUCAUUGGAUACACUCGGCGCUUGUGGGUUAUUGAAAAGAUGCUAGAGCGCAUGUUCAUCGGAAGCCCUCCUGGCUUACACGACCGCUUGCUCGAUUUCUCGACGCCACUGACUGGAGUGACCUUUUAUGCACCGCCAGCCAGUGUCCUGGCCGGGUUGGAGAGUGAUUAAGUUCCUACCGGGGUGGUAGCAGAGCUUCGAAUUUUCUGGUUCCACCCUCGAGGAACUGCUGGAGUUGCGUAGUGGCGGGCUAAAACCAGAUGCCUGUUCGUCCCUAUAGAAGGGAAGCCGGGACUUACAUCGCAAUACAUGUUGGCUAAAAUGGAUAAAC